GUAGUCUGUUCGUAUGCCUCGGUUGGCGUCGUUCGGUGUCCUAUGCAGCAAAUUCUCCCCGUCAUCAACAAGAUCCAAGAUGCCCUAGCCCUGGCCGAGGAGGACAGCUUCAUAGAUCUCCCCCAAAUCGUGGUGGUGGGGAGCCAAAGCUCCGGAAAGAGCUCGGUCCUGGAGUCGAUCGUGGGAAGAGACUUUCUGCCGAGAGGCGUCGGAAUCGUGACGAGGUGUCCGCUCAUACUCCAACUCAUCAACCUCAAGCGUGGCGAAGGAGACACAGAGUGGGGAGAGUUUUUACACCUGCCGGACAAGAAGUUUACAAAUUUUUUGGAGAUUCGGAGGGAGAUAGAGGCGGAGACCAACCACAUCGUUGGAGGAAAGGGCGACAAGGCGAUUAGUUCCAAGCCCAUCAACUUGCGCAUUUACAGCCCCUACGUGCCCACUUUGACGAUGGUCGACCUCCCCGGCUUGACCAAGGUGGCGAUUGGCAAUCAGCCGCACAACAUAGACGUGCUGAUUCGCGACUUGGUCAUGAAGUUCAUCGCGAAUUCUGGCACCAUCAUUUUGGCCAUUUCUCCCGCCAACGUCGACUUGGCCAAUAGCGAUUCGCUCAAACUCGCGAGAGAGGUCGACCCCAGCGGCUCCAGGACCAUAGGCGUCCUCACCAAGCUCGACCUCAUGGACCAGGGGACGGACGCCAUGCCGGUCCUCACCGGCAAGGUCUACCCCCUGAAACUGGGAUUCGUGGGCGUGGUCAAUCGGUCACAACAAGACAUCAACGCCAAUAGAGACAUUCGCGAUGCGCUGGACCACGAACAAGAGUUCUUCUCGCGACAUCCUGCCUACUCCACCAUCAAACACAAAUGCGGAUAUCCUUAUUUAAUUUCUCGCCUCAACAAGGUCUUCCUCAAGGAAAUCAGCAAUUCUCUCCCCAGAACCAUCCAGCUCCUUCAAAACAACCUCCACAACGCUCAGGAAAAAGUGCGGUCUUUCGGAAAGCCCAUAGACGUCGGCAACAGAGGUAUCAUCCUCCUCGACGUCAUCGUCCAGUUCUUCAACUCGUACACCGCCUCUCUCGACGGCCACAUCCCGGACUCCUUCCAGGGAGGGCUCUACGGCGGCGCCAGGCUCGCCCAAAUCUUCUCCAGAGACCUCGAGGCCAAUCUCGACAAAAUGCUCUCUUCCAAGCAUAUAACAGACCAAGAAAUUGAACACAUCAUCUACAACUCUGCCGGCAUCAGGGGAAACAUCUACUUCUCAGACUACGCGUUCUCGUUCCUGGUAAAGACCUACAUCAACUCCAUGCGAGAGCCAAUCAUGGACUGCCUUCAAAGCGUCUACCACGAACUCUACAACAUCGUCUGCGAUAUCCAACUCCCGGAAUUCGAGAGGUUUCCCGCCGUCCGAGAACGCAUCUACGCCAUCUACCAAUGCCUCCUGGACACACUCCUGGAACCCACCAAGUCCAUGAUCGACGACGUCUUGAACAUGGAAAAAAAAUACAUCAACAUCUACCACCCGGAUUUCGUCCGACCGGAAUUCUCCUCCGGCAACCCCAUCCUGUCUUCCGACAUAAACGACCCCGUCCCGUCAUCCUCUGCUGACAAGUCCGCGAAGUCCGACCCCGCGUCCUCGGAACACUCCCCGGACCGCACCGCGCCCAACUCGCAGCGCAAGCCUUCCGUCAACAAAUCCUCCCUGUUUCUGAAGCCCCGACAAGACUCCAAAGAGUCGAAGAACAAAAAGCCGUUCUGGAAACGCAUGUUCAACCAAAGCAACCCCACCCUGAAACCGGGCAAGCUCUGCUCCAACAGCAAGCCGCCCCACUUCCAGGUGGACCUCCUCAAGUCCCUCGCCGGCUCGUACAUCGACAUCGUCAGCAAGAACAUGCGCGACCGCAUUCCAAAGAUCCUCACACACUUCCUCAUAAACGCGUCCAAAGAAAAGCUGCAAAUCCAGCUCAUGGAAGCGCUCUACAAGGAAGAACUCGUCGACGACCUAAUCGUCGAAUCCAGCCAGACCUCCGAAGAGAGGAAGCGAUACAUGCGCGUUGUCCAGAUGCUGGAAAGCGCUCUGUCCAUCCUUACCACCGCCGAAUUUUGAAAGAAACCAAAUUCUUUCGUUAUACACACAAUUUGAAAAUUCUUGAUAUAUUUUUCAAAA